CUCGCCUAUUGCCGUUCAUUGAGUCUCAUCCGAGGCCGACUUUCCAGCCUCAUCUAUCCGACUCCGGUGGUUCACAUGGACCUGCCCUGCCCCGCGGACAAGGGAGUAACGCCCGAGUUCUGGCUUCGGUGUAGACGUGACAACGGCCAGGUGAGUGGUCAUUUCAAACGCAUUCUCUUCCUCCUCUAG